UAUAGUUUAUACGAUAUACCUAUAUAGGUAGGUAUAUAAGUCCACGCGCGUACUCCCCGUACUCAAGAAAAAUGGCUCGUUUUUUACGGCGUCUGAUGAUGGCGUCAGUCGGUGAUUUUUGGAAGUUUAAGUAACGCGAUGUGUAUAUUGUAUAAAAGUGUACACUAUUAUUAUAAAAAUCAAUUUUUAGUGUAUCUAUUAUGAAUUUUGAACAGUAAAUUUUUGCGUGAUUUAUUAAUAAAUACAAAAGUAUGAUGAGAGUAAACGCAAAGAAAGUGAAAGUCAGUUUUGCGGUUGAUGCAGUUGAUGAAGAAUGUUUUGAAAAGACAGAAAUGACAUAUGACGAAAUAAGCAAUAAUGGAUCGAUCAUUGAAAAUAAGAGUAUUCCAGAUGAACUAUUAUCAAAAAUACUAUGUUACACUGAUCAUAAGGCAUUACUUCUUUGCCAACUAGUUUGUAAACAUUGGCACUAUCUUAUUCGAAACUAUGUGUGGCAUAAAAAGGCAGAAUUUACUUUGGGUAAAAGUUUGACGUUUACUGAAAAGACACCUUGGACAGUAUACUAUUUCAUUUGUGAUCAAAUGCCCUUCUAUAAAAAUUUAGUCAAGAAUCAUUCUGGAAAAGAUGGACUUUUUAAACAUUGGUGUAUAACAGAAAAUGGUGGUACUGGCUGGAAUGUAGAAAAUCCACCAAAGGCUGUUAAGCAAUUACCUGAUGAUCCAGUGUUUGAAGAUGAGAGUUAUUGCUUUGUCACAUCUUUUAGUAAAUGUUGGAAAGAACAAACUAUUCACUUGAUCGAUGAAGGAUUCUCUGAGUAUGUUCUAGAUUAUUUACAGCCAACAAUCAAGGUCAGCGAGUGGUUCUGUUGUCGGCCAAAUGUUCCAGCAAUAUAUGAAUGUACAAUAAAAUUACUUCGUGAACAAAAAUCAGAUAGAACAGCAAUCGAAACAUUGAGCUACAGCAAAGUUUUGGAAGGAGAACAAAUGAAUCAAUGGUUUAAAUUUACACAUGAAUUCAAAAAUUAUGGUAAAGGACUGAGAAAAAUAAAAUUUGGUCACGGUGGUCAAGACAGGUCUUACGUAGCUGGAAGCUGUGGUAGUAAAAUGGCUGGAGCUUGUAUUAAGUUAAAAAUAAGAACUUAAUAAUUUUAAUAACUAACAGAAUCAUACUGCCUAAAUAAUAAACAUCAUCAUUUCUUAUAAAGGUUAGCACAUAAGUCAAAAAGGCCUAUUUUAUUUUCCAUUUUUAGAACACCAAAGUGAAAUAAACUUAUCCAGAAACUGAUAAACUUAAGGUAUGACUUGGAUAUUUACUUUAAGUUUAUCAUGUUUUGGAAACAUUUAUUUUACCCUGUUGCUUUUAAAACAAAAUGGCAAAUUAAAACAAGCCUUUUUUUGAGUUAUGUGCUAGUUUCUGUAGGAAGCGACGAUAUUAUAGUACAAAUUUGUACCGUGAAUGAGAUUAUUUUUUAAAAUCUAUAUUCUAAAUGGAAUAUUUCAUGUCUUUUAGAAACGUUUCAAAAACAGGCAGAUAAAAAAUGCACAUUCCAUGUCAUACACUGAUUUAAAAAUCUAGUCCAAAAAAGAGCUGAUGUUUCAAAUUCUAUAGAUGGUUUUUAUAUAUUUAUAUAUAAUAGCAAUAAUUGUUAUAAAUAGUCGACAUAAACUUCUGUUUUAUGACGAUUUUCACUUAAAAAAUUCAACUGUGAUUAAACCAAACUUUUUUACACAAGAUUGUACUGUUUCUAGGUUUUCUAAAGUAUUUGAAACACUUAAAAUGCCGAAAUUAUUGUAAUAUUCGUGAUUCAUUAUUUUGUAUGGAGUUUUAAAUAAAAGACAAGUUAUUCUAUUGUAUGCCUCUUUAUUACGAAAUAUAUCAUGAAAUAACAUAAUAAUACAUAAUAAUUUUUAAAAUAUAAAAGCAAAAUACAAUUUUCUAAACUUGACACCUUUUGAUUACAUUCAGUUUGUUCCCUACACGUGACAAGUAAACGCGUGCGCCAAAAACAUAUCGGGUAUAAUCACAGUCAAUCAAAAUUAUUGCAUAUAAAAAAUAAGAUGACUUGUAUUAACUAUAUAUAUUUGUAUUACAUCCCACUAGAUAUGGGAUUAAGAAUAUAGUUUUUGCCUAUUUUUUAUGUCUACAUACUCUUUUUCAUAGAUUUUCUUUUUAUCAUAAAAAUUAAAAAGAUCAAGAAACUAUUCGUUAUUGCCGCGAAAAUUAGCACAUUAUGAGUCUACCGCAAAGACUAACCCAUUUCAUGCCCCGCUUCGAAGGAUAACACAUUUGAAGAAAACACUAGCGAUUGUGAGAUAUCAUGACUAAAAAAAUGAUAAACUUUAUGAACAAAGCAGUACAUAAUAACAUCCUCUUAAAAAUAGCCAGCUAGUACAAAAAUCAUUAAAUUAUCAUAAGUUUUUCUUAUACUACAAAUAUUGUUAGUGUGUGCCGUGAAACGUACUAGUCUUCGCAGCGAGAAUUGAAAUGUGUUAGUCUUCGGCACUAAUAAUGAAAACACUCUUUGUAGGGAGCGACGAUAUGAUUUUGAAAACCAAGAAAGUGUUAGAGUACACCUAUUGUUUCAUAUCUUUGAGAUGAUUAUUAAUUACAUACAUCUACAUGUUAUUAUCGUAUUUUAUGUAUAUACAAAAUGUGUGUAUUUAUUGCCAUGUCAAAUUUUUGUUCCAGAAAAGUAACACGAUAUAUUUUGAUGACACAAUCAAUAAAGAAAUAACUUACAAUUCUUAUUUGUAAAUGUUGUUCUUUUAAAAAGAGUAAUCACAGCAAAUGACAUAUCUUAUAAUUUACUGUUAUUUUAUCUUGAAAUUUUGUAUUUUAUCGAUCUACCCUGUUACACUUUUCACAAACUACAUAUCAUAUUCUAAACUUCUAGAAGUACAUACAAUACAAAUGUCUAAUCAUACAUUAUUACACGAUUUUACAUAAUUUAGUGUAACUUUUCAUAAUAGAGAUAAUAUAUAAUCACAAACCCUACUUUAUUUAUUUUAAUGAUUUUUUUAUUUAAAAUAAAUUAAUAAUGUGCAUAAAAUUUUACUCCAAUUAAGAGCUAAAAAUAAUUUUUUUAUUUCUUUUUGAUAAUAUGUACUCUUGACUAAAAUUUUUACACAAUUUUGUAUGAGUUUUUUGCAAUCGUAAGUCUAAAUGUAUACUAUUAUGAUGUUAUUUAAUUUACUUUUAUUUUAGACGUAUUAAAAUUCUAUAAAUAAAUUAUACUUAAAAAUAUGACAACUGGCCAGAAUCUGAAUAUUUGUUAAAUUUAUUGAAUAAAUAGAAGUCAAAAUAACUGCCAAAAAGUAUGUUUUCAAAGUAAUAGUUCAUGCUAAUACUGCUUUACGUACAUUUUACAUACAAUUGUUCAGUUCACUGAUUUUUAUUACAUUAUUAUUUAAUUCUUUUACUGCCAGUAUUCAUUGCUUCAAAUAGGCGAGGUUUAUGACAAAACGUUAAAUUCUUUAAAAUAAUAAUUACAAAUGCUUGUUUAAAUACAAUGUACAACAUAUAAUUACAAACUAAAAUCGGCAAGACUGAUUUAACUUUUUAUAAAAGUCUUUUAAAAUAGAAAUAAUUCAUGGCACGUAAUUUUAAGCAAUCAAGUAUGCCUCUUACAAUUAUAAAUCUAUUUUGUGCAUCAAUUUACAUUUAUAAAAAUAUAUUUUGAGUUAAUCUUCAUAACUUAGAAAUAAUGCACUUUUUCUCAAUGAGUGAGAAUUGAUCUAUUCCAACCUACACAAUCGAAACAAUAAAAGGGAUCAAUAUCCUGCAUUGUGCUCGAAUAACUAACAUGCGUCAUCUAAAAUAUAUUUUCAAAGUCGUUGCUCUUGUUACUAGUAACUUGUAAAACAUUAUUUUUAUUUAUUUUAUUGACGAUAUCUAUCUUAAAAUUUUGUUGGGCUCUACAACAAAACAUGGAAGCUCAUGAAUAUUUUUUCAACAAAAAAUAUGUUAUUUUGAGUACAUUUAAGUAUAUGAAAAAGUGAAUAUAUUAAAAAAAAA